AUGGCCUUCUCUUUUUGCUAUCUUUGGCACUAUGCCCGUCAGCUGGACAUUCUGCACCAUCCGAAGAAUCAAAAAGUGCCGAGCUUUGUGCAUAAGUGUGCUUUUACCAGCAAUGUUGAUUAUCCAAGUGAUAGAGUAAAAUUUGUGGCUACUGUACCUUCUGGAGUGGCACCACUACAAAGUUGUCCUCUAAGGGGACCAACAACUGGUUGUCGAGGUAGAGUUCUCCUUGCUUUUGAAGAAAAUGGUAAUUCAAAAAUUGGGGUUAGAUUUGAUAAAUCAAUUCCAGAUGGCAACAAUCUUGGUGGCCUUUGUGAAGAUGAUCAUGGUUUCUUUUGUUCUGCCAAUAAUUUACACCGCUUAGAUAGUUUUGGUGGUGAUGAUAUAGAGAAGCUUGCUAUUAAUGAGCUCUUUGAGGUUGCAUCAAAAGAAAGUAAAAGCAGUCCAUUAAUAUUGUUUGUGAAAGACAUAGAAAAGGCUAUGGCGGGUAGCACAGAAUCAUAUACGGUCUUAAAGGGUAAGCUUGAAAAUUUGCCGGAGAAUGUUGUUAUAAUUGGUUCCCAUACCCAGAUGGACAAUCGUAAGGAGAAGUCUCAUCCUGGUGGUCUUUUAUUUACGAAGUUUGGAAGCAACCAGACAGCGUUACUUGAUCUUGCCUUUCCGGAUAACUUUGGUAGACUGCAUGAUAGGAGUAAAGAAAUCCCAAAAGCAAUGAAGCAACUUUCUCGGCUUUUCCCAAACAAAGUGACAAUACAGCUGCCUCAGGAUGAAGCUGUACUUUCGGACUGGAAGCAGCAGUUGGAACGUGAUAUUGAAACUUUGAAAGCUCAAUCAAAUAUUGUCAGCAUUCGCUCAGUUCUGAACAGAAUUGGCUUGGAUUGUCCUGACCUUGAAACUCUGUGUGUUAAAGAUCAAGCCCUUACUACUGAAAGUGUGGAGAAAAUGGUAGGAUGGGCUCUAAGUUACCAGUUUAUGAAUCACUCUGAAGUAUCAGUCAAAGAUGCUAAACUUGUGAUCUCUGCUGAAAGCAUUAUGUACGGUCUGAACAUUCUGCAGAGCAUUCAAAAUGAAAACAAGAGCUUGAAGAAAUCACUGAAGGAUGUGGUCACUGAGAAUGAAUUUGAGAAGAAACUUCUUGCUGAUGUCAUUCCACCGACCGAUAUUGGGGUUUCUUUUGAUGAUAUUGGGGCAUUAGAAAAUGUAAAGGAUACCUUGAAGGAAUUGGUGAUGCUUCCACUUCAGAGGCCUGACCUGUUUUGUAAAGGACAGCUGACUAAGCCUUGCAAGGGUAUAUUGCUCUUUGGACCUCCUGGUACUGGGAAAACAAUGCUUGCAAAGGCAGUUGCAACUGAGGCCGGUGCAAACUUUAUCAAUAUAUCAAUGUCAAGCAUUACUUCAAAGUGGUUUGGUGAAGGGGAAAAGUAUGUCAAAGCAGUUUUCUCACUAGCUAGUAAAAUAGCUCCUAGUGUUGUUUUUGUUGAUGAGGUUGAUAGCAUGUUAGGAAGACGUGAAAAUCCUGGAGAGCAUGAGGCUAUGCGUAAAAUGAAGAAUGAGUUUAUGGUAAAUUGGGAUGGUCUGCGUACAAAGGAUAAGGAGCGUGUACUGGUACUUGCUGCUACUAAUAGGCCUUUUGACCUUGAUGAGGCUGUUAUUAGGAGGCUUCCCCGGAGAUUGAUGGUCAAUUUGCCAGAUGCCCCAAACAGAGAAAAAAUUCUAAGAGUUAUAUUAGCCAAAGAAGAGCUGGCAUCUGAUAUUGAAUUGGAAGCAAUUGCAAAUAUGACUGAUGGCUACUCUGGGAGUGACCUAAAGAAUCUGUGUGUGACUGCGGCUCACUGUCCCAUUAGGGAAAUUUUGGAGAAGGAAAAGAAGGAGAAGAAUGUGGCGUUGGCUGAGAAUAGGCCUUUACCUGCAUUGUAUAGCAGUGCUGACGUUCGUCCUCUAAAGUUGGAGGAUUUCAAAUAUGCACAUGAGCAGGUGUGUGCUAGUGUGUCAUCAGAGUCUACAAAUAUGAACGAACUCCUCCAGUGGAAUGACCUAUAUGGAGAAGGUGGAUCAAGGAAGAAGAAUUCCCUAAGCUACUUCAUGUAGAGGAGGUAUCUUUGUGUAUAGCAUUUCUUUAGAUUAUUCUUUGUCACCUUAAAUAGUGGCAAGAUUAGGGACUGGUAUGGAAAUUCCAUUGCAGGUCCUUCCCACCCCCCCAUUGUAUUAUAUAUAGGUUUUUUUUUCUCUUUUUUUUUUUUUUUUUUCAACUUCAAUUUUCUGUUUCAAUCUUUUUUACCUUUUUUGUUAGGAAUGUUACUUUCAAAGCAGUAAAAUUAACUGUAGCAUCUUUUUGGUUACUUCAGGCCUUCCAGCCUGUACAUGCUUAAUUAAUAAGCAAUUUUUUU